CUGCUUGACUGGGUGACUGCAUGUCAAAUCAAACGAGAUUGUUAUUAUUUACGUUUCCUUAUCUACGAUACAAUCAGACUGGAAUUAUUUGCCAGAGGCUAAAAAUCUAGCGAAAGCAAUUAAAAUCAUUUCAUAUCUUCACAUUCUUUACCAAAAAGUAAGUACCCGCAUUACGACAAUCACGAAUGACCAGAACCUGUUUCGUGCGGGGCUGCAAAAGCAGAGCCAGUCCAAAAGGCAGCACUCCCAACGGGAUCAAGUUCUUCCACUUCCCGCGGAUUGAUCGUAGGACCAAAACGUUCGAGGCCCUGUCCACUACCAGGCGGAAAAGAUGGUGCAAAGUGUUGGGCGUAACGGACCAGAAGCGGUUCGAUUACCAUGUCGUGUGUUCCCAUCACUUUGUAACAGGUCAAAGCGCCAAGCUGAAUGAAGACGGGCACGUGGAUUGGGUGCCUAGCUUGUACUUGAACCCGGAGGCAGCCAGUCAAUUACCGCAGCACGCACCGAAACCCGUCCAAACAGAGGUACUAUCAGAUCCCUCCCGAAGGCAGUUCGAUUAUACCGUUCCCGCAGAAGUGAUAGAUGACGACAGCGACGAUAGCUACGAUUACGACAUCACGGAUAUGGUGAGGAGCCAUCAGGAUCUGAGCUCGCUGCAGGAGACAAAUCGACUGCAGGAUCAAAAUCCAAAGCAGACGCUGGUCAUUGAGAACAAUAAGUCCGGAAUCGUGCAGAAGGUGGACGUGGACUUUAGUAAUGCUGACUUUGUGAAAGCUUACAAACAUGGAAUGAUUUGUAUUCCUAAGACUCCUAACACAUCUUAAUAUUAUGUUUGCUGCUGAAUAGACUAUAUACUACUGCUUUAUUAAAUAAAUCUGUUUCAAUUACUACAAUUAA